CAGCUGAAGACACGACAACAGUGUCACAGUGGUAAGACUGGUAUGGUAACCUUUCAACAGGUACAGAUUUAGACAGAACUGUGCGUUUGGCUGGCUAGGGGCACUGAUUUCCCUGAGUAACCAAAUAUCGAAUUAAAACCAAUAAGACUUGGGCCUAGAAGCCGAGAACACGGCAAACGACAGAAGAUGUGGGCCGGACUGCUGACGCUGAUGCUCCUGACGAUGGGGACGGCUGGACAAAAGACAGGUUGCUCGAAGGUCCGUAUGUCUGGGUCGACCUCGUAUCAGCACCAUGGCCGAUUGACAACCUACACCAUGACGGGACGGACUUUGGGUGGUCGGCCGGUGUACAGAUCAUCCCGCGGUGACUAUCUGUACUACUACCAAUCGGAUGGUAGCUGGCAUCUUGGUCCUGAUCUUAGUUCUAUCCUCGUAGCAAUGUACGUGGACGACACCAGCAUGUAUGCCGAGGACAUCACUGGGACCUGGUAUCUGUACGCCAGCGGCCUCUUCACUUUUCGUCCAAACAGUAGCAUCCGAGUCACCUGCGUCGCUGCAGAGCAACCGAAGCCACGUCCAAACAUCGGAGCCAUCGUUGGCAUCGUGUUCGGAGUUGUUGCGGCUGUGGCGCUACUCAUAGCCGUUUGCUGCUACUGUAAUAAAAGUGCACCUGCAGCAACUACGGCACAAAACCGUCAGCCUGUGCACUAUGUGGGAACCACCAACGCCACCUUUCAGCCAGCAAUAUCUGUGCCACCGCCAUUCUCACCACUGCAGUACCCACAGCCUGCGGGUACCACCAACCCCACCUUUCAGCCCGCACCAUCUGUGCCACCACCGUUCUCACCACCUCAGUACCCACAGUCUGACGUGGCUGGAGUUCAGCCUGUGGGUACCACCAACCCCACCUUUCAGCCCGCAGUAUCUGUGCCACCACCGUUCUCACCACCUCAGUACCCACAGCCUGUGGGUACCACCAACCCCACUUUUCAGCCCGCAGUAUCUGUGCCACCACCGUUCUCACCACCCCAGUACCCACAGCCUGUGGGUACCACCAACCCCACCUUUCAGCCAGCAGUAUCUGUGCCACCACCGUUCUCACCACCUCAGUAAAGGUGGGU